UCUUUAGGCUAUUUUCAUGUAGGCCAACGUCAGAGUCCGUCCUGUGUGAUGGGGACAACUAUGUCGUUAUGUAAAGGUUAUUGCCAUACUUUUAAUGGAGAGAGAAAGCUGAUGGCCACAUGAUGACACACUAACAUUAUCUUCUAUUUUUCCUUGUCGUCUUACGCCAUUCUAAAAGACCUACGUAUCAGAAGGAGAGCAGCAACGAUGGCUCCACGUAUGGAUGAUGUCAUGCAACUGUGCUGUGACCUGUCUGCAAAUCAGCAGAUAAAAGCAGCAGUGAAGAAUUCUGGGAAAGGAUCAGCAGUGGCAGGAGGGACUGCAUUUUUAGGGGGUCUUCUAGGUGGUCCCCCAGGGAUUGCUGUUGGUGGUGCAGUAGGUGGCCUGUUGGGAUGGUGGAUGACCAGUGGACAGUUCAGACCUCUCCCUCAGAUCAUCAUGGAGCUGCCUCCCCACCAGCAGCAGAGGCUCUAUGCUGAUAUCAUGGCCGUUUUGGGCUCACUGGACUGGACAGACCUGGCCCAGCUGACCGCCCUGGUCAUGGGGAAUGCUACUCUCCAGCAGCAGGUCACUGCUGCCCUACUCAGUUAUAUCACAAAGGAACUGAGAGCAGAGGUGAGAUAUGGGGACUGAUCUACACAGACUGAAUAUCUGGAGGAUCUCUUUAGAACAAACAUAUGCUGUCUUGGAAAGGAAAACUACUUUUAAUACUCAACAAAUUCAACUCAAGCUUAAUUUUGGAGACUGAAAUAACCUUUUAUACUGCAGGUUCACUGGAAGAGGCCUUAUGAGAGUUAAUACAUUGAGACUCAUGUCAGACCUGUCAUGUUACCUAAUAUCAUCUGAUCAUGUCCAUUUAAUGUCCUUUGAUAAAGCACUUAAAGGGCAAUUCCACCACUUUGUAACUUCAUUUUCAUCCAGCACAAUACCAGUGUCUACAAAUGUGAAAAACAGUGAAUGUUUUAUUUUGAAAAUCACUGUUUUGUUACCUUUAAUCCUACCCUGUGAUGUCAAAGAGAAGCACCUUAUCUUUUUGACCAUAGAUUAUAGAAACGUGUUUUCACAUACUGUAUGUAGACACUGGUAUGGUGCUGGAGAUAAUGAAUAUGAUGUUGAAAGGUGGCAGAAUUGCCCUUUAAUGUACACAUUUGUUUUAAAUGAGAAAUGUAGCGGUAUGAUUGAAACUUCUCUUAUAAGAACAGUACAGCGAUUAACCAAAGGGUGUACUUGAUUUGUUUUGUAGUGCAUAAUUUGUUACCAAUAUUCUGCACUGAAAUUUACACAUUGAAUAUUGUUGGGCAUUUAUCAUUUACAUUAUUUGCAACAAAUGCAAGACAAUGAAAAAAGGACCCUGAUCACUCCUCUUGUAAGUGUGCCUGGGAUCUCAAGCGAUUCAUGCAAUGUGAAUAUUGUAAGAGAUGAGUACUUCUGAGAAACCGGCCUUGAUACUCCUGGCGCAUAAUGGUGACAAGUCCCACCUAGUCCUAGAAUUAACUCAUUGGGAAAAUCUUGGACACUUUUUGUAAUGCUCUGUACUAAACUGUUUCUAUGAAAAUCAUGAUAAAUGAAAUAAAGGAUGAAGGUGACUAUUGUAUGAUAA